UUUUUUUUAUUCUUACAAAUACAAACGUUUACUUGCAAAUAUACAACAACAGUAACAGAUUUCAUUUAAAUAUUACAUCAAAACUACCUUCCAGAUGGGAGUACGAGGACUAACUACUUAUAUAAACAAGAAUGAGGACAUUUUUUUGAAAGACUUUGUAUUAUACGAUUCCUGUGUUGUUAUUGACGGUCACAGUCUCUGUGCUCAAUUAUAUCAGCGUCUGAACAGUUUUUCUGCUUUCGGCGGCGAUUAUGACAAAUUUUUUCAGUACGUAAGAACAUUCUUUAAACAUUUUCGGAAAUGCAAUAUAACCUCAUACGUAUUGUUUGACGGAAGUUACGAGACUAGAAAACUUAAAACUGCAUAUCAUAGACUGAGAUCUAAGAUAUAUGGAGCGUCAUGCCUAGAUCCAGUUACUCAAGGUUGCAUGCAGAUCUUCCCCUUGCUCAUACGUAAUGUUUUCAAAGAGGCUUUGAUUGAUAUUGGUGUUGCGUACACAGUAUGCGAAUUUGAGGCAGACGAUGAAAUCGCGGCUAUGGCAAGACAUUUAAACUGUCCUGUACUGAGUUACGAUUCAGAUUUUUAUAUAUACAACGUUUUAUAUAUUCCAUUCAACACUGUAGAUUUUAAACCGAGAUGUGUUAUAAUAGAUGGUGUUAAGAAACAUGUCUUAAAUUGUAAAAUAUACAGAUUUGAACAGUUAACUAAUAGCUUUGAAGGAAUCAAACAGGAAAUUUUACCACUGCUUGCCACAUUACUUGGCAAUGAUUUUGUGCAGAAGAGAGUUUUUGGAAAAUUCUUUUCUGAAUUUAAAUUACCUAAGGCAAAAAAAAAACAAAAUGAUCAACAGAGAUGUAUCGAGGGCCUAUUCAAAUGGUUGCAGAAUGAGUCUAUUGAUACGGCUAUCUCGAAAAUUAUUGGAAGAUUAAAGAAAAACCGCAAGGAGAAAGUAUUUCAUAUUAUUAAAAAAAGCAUUGAAGGCUACAACAGAAAGAACUGUCGCUCAUUGAAAUACUUUAAUAUUCCAGAAAAUACAGAAGAAAUUGUUUCUGUAUUACCAGAAAAUUUUAAUGAAUUAUUGGGAAAAGAUUGUAAUGACAAUGAUGACAGUGUUAUACCAAAUAAUCAAAUAGAUGAAAAUGAGACAAUAGAAAGUCCACAAUAUGAUUCUGAUACAAAUGAACAGUUAUCAGAAGAAGAGAAUAGCUCUGAUCAAGAAGAUGAUACUAAUGAACUGGGUAUCCCUGAUUGGUUUGCAGAAGGAAUAAGAAACAACACAAUCCCUCACAGUAGUAUAAAUCUUUACACGCAUCAUUUACAUUUUGGUUCACCACAAGCUGAGGAUUAUAAUGAUGAAGAUGCUUUCCUCUGUGCAUUACCUAUAUUGAGGUACUCUUUUGAUAUUCUUACAGAUUACGAGCAAGAAUAUGUUACAUAUGUGAGCAGAGACAAAAGCCUCAACUAUCACAGAUUAAUCAUAAACAGAGAAUAUUCAAUACCAAGACCUUUAGAAGUACCAUAUUCAAAUCUUACAGAUGAACAAUUAAGGCUAUAUUUUCAAAAUUUUUUCAAAAUUAAAAUGCCAAUGUUAGAUUUUAAUUUAAUUGAUUUAUUACCUAAGAGUUUCCAGUUGUACAUGCUCAGCAUCCUCUGGUGGGUUAACACCUGUGAAGUACCUAUAGGCUUGGUUCAUAGUUUAUUUGUUUGCUACAUUAUGCUGGAGAUGAUUGAUGAAAGCAUUGGUACAAUUCGAGGUCAAAAGUAUUAUAAUGAGAAAUAUCAAAAAACAAUUGAAGAAUACAAAAACAGGAUGAUUGUACUACAGAGUUUGACAGAAGGUGAAUUAUUUUUGAACAAAAAUAAAAUUCAACAUGAAGACUGCUUUAUAGCAGCGAAAAUGCUUUUACAGUAUUUCGAGAUUGAUGCUAAGAUUAAAAAGAGACCCAAAAGCAAUUAUCAUGUGAAUAAAAUACAUAAAUAUGCCAAAUUUCAGUGUUGUUUGCAACAAAUCAAUGAUUUAAAUACACUGUGUAAAAAGCCAUAUCAAAAUACAAAGUAUGGAAAGUCUUAUAACGGUACCUUUGUUUAUAAUUUUGCAGUAAAAAUGGAUACCCAGAAUGACCCAAAAGUGUUCGUAAAUCAGUAUCUCAAAGAUAGUACUACAAUAUUAAUGUUUUACAAUAGUCUUUGUACAGUUUAUGAUGAGCUAGUAUUAGCGUUAGGCCUAAGACAUUUCAAAUGGGAGAGGUCAAAGAGCAGAAGAAAAAGAAAAGAGAUGUUGGACGAUGAAUUAAACUUUAUUGUAAAAGGUUUUGAAUCUGAAGUUGUUAUAUAAAAUUAAAUUUGGUACAAAUAUC